AUGUCGACCCUUAAAGAACAAAAAAUUCUCAAGGCAGUCGAGGCAUUUUCUAGCCCCACAAACACACACACCUUAGUUGAGAUCUCCAAAUCAUUUGAUGUCCCUUACAGCACGGUUCGCGAUCGCCUCCACGGUAUUCGACCGCUUGCCACCGCUCAAGCUGAAAACCAAUUAUUGAUGCCGAUACAGGAAUCUAUUCUCGUGGACCAUAUCAUUAAUCUGUGUCAGUUAAAAUCAAAUCCUACGAGCAAAAGCGUGAUGGAAAUGGCGGGGAAAAUAUUGCACCUGGAAAACCCCGAGAAACCCCAACCAUCACGAUCCUGGCUAAACGGAUUUAUUGAACGAUCUGGCGUGCUAGUGCGGUCGAAACGAGGUAUAAUCGAUGUACCGAAUGUGAGAGAAGGUGGUGAACACUUAAUACAAUUAUUCUUCGAUCGGUUGCACCACUACGAAACAAAAUAUGACGUCCCACCUUCACGAGUAUGGAAUUUGGAUGAAUGCGUGUUUAAAUGUGAUGAAUCUGUUAAGGGUUCAUUGGAAGUAAAACCGAAGGAUGUUUCAAACAGCGCGUCGUAUGAGUCCUCUAACGAUUUGGUCACGGUACUUGAAUGUAUAUCGGCCGAUGCACGAAUUUUAGAACCCAUCUUUAUAUACAAAGAACUCCACACAAUCGAGGCUUGGUUUCCAGAUAUUUCAAGACCGCAAACUAUGGUUUCGGUAUCGAAAACUGAUUUUAUUAACUCAGAGAUAUUCCUCGAGUGGUUUGAUAAAUAUUUCCCUUCUUCCAAGCCAGGUACAUGGCAGGUAUUAAUUCUUGAUGGUUGCGAAGCCAAUGAAUUGACAAAAUUCCACCGUUAUGCCAUGCGAAAGGGCGUUGUUUUGCUGUAUUUACCGGCGGAUAUGUCGAACGUCUUGCAACAGUUAGAUAGGUCAUGUUUUAAUACAGAUAAACAAGGGUUUCGCCGUCAAACUGCAAUUGAUUUCCCUGAGGGAUUGUCACCCUCGAAGCGAACAAAUUUUUUAUCAUAUAUGAGGAAAAGAAAUAUGGCAUACUCACGAAAUGUUAUAACAGAGGGAUGGAAACUCUCUGGAAUUUACCCACGUUCCGUUACAACUGCAAUAAACUUUUUUAGAAGGCAGAGGAACCUUCCUAUUCUCGAAAAUACAUCUGAAUUGCCAAGCAAAGUUCAAAAUUCCGAAGUCAAUACAAAUCAAUCUUCCACGAAUCCGGCGCCUUCACCAGUCCAUUCGGCGCCCUCGGAAACUCCCAUAUUUGUUAAUUGGAGGGCUGAGCGAAUGUAUAUGAUGAGGCAUCCCAAGGAAUGUUUGAAGGCAUUGAAAAGGAGCAGGGAAGAUUUGGCGUUACUCACUACACAACUCGCUCAAGUUCAACAAGAGUUGGCCAUAACGAACAACAAAAUAAGGGAUUUACAAAAGGAUGAGUCGAGGAAGCGGCCCCGAGUAGAGCUGGAUAAAGCACCCUGA